AUGUCCAACGUGGACGUUUUGGAGCAAUUGCAGCUGGUGCUCAGGCCCGACAUGUCGGACCGGCGGAUUGUGUGCGUUGAGGAGGCGGACACCGCCAAAGCGGACAUGAUCCUAUCGUUUUACAUGUGGUACGUGUUCACCAAGACUGACCUUCCCGUGUGUAUGGUUGGUGUCCGGGACACAUAUGGUCACUACCAGAACGUAGGACUGAAGUUCCAUUACAACUUGUUGUCAAUGUCCAAUCAAAAGCGAUUUGCAUUUGCCGAGUCUAUUGUGUCCGUUGACGGUCUGGUCGGCUGCGCGCAAGACCUAUUAAAAAGAUACCCUACCGGCUCUGUCUACAUGGUAGUGGAUGACGUCAGUUCGCUAUUGUUGUUGGGUGAGAGCCUUGAGGACAUUGUUAGAUUCCUGAUGUUUGCCAAGCGUCAACCGCGCCUUUGCUUAGUGAUUGGUUGUUGGAAACAUAAGGCUGAUGAAUCAGCUAAGAGGCUAGCAUCUGCUGUGUCGCAUCUGGCCGACAUCAGGGUGGCAUUGGCACCUUUAGUUACUGGGUUUUCUAACACUGCAACAGGCACUAUGAGGAUCACUACACACGAAUCAAUGUUCCGCAUAGAUGACGUGUCUUACCUGUACAAGUUGGCCGACAAUGGUCUUAAGUUAACAUUAAAUUCAGGAUCUAUCAGAUAA